AUGAAAGAAGAAGCACAAAAGAAAUUGGAAUUGACAAAGAGAUUGUUCAAUGCUUUACAAGUUGUUUUGUAUGAAACCAACAACCUUCUUGACUGGGAGGAAUACUACAAUGAAGCUACGAAAGAGGAAGAAAAUAAUGAGGAGAAGGAAAAGGAUGGGAAAGAAGAAGAAGCUUGAAGAAAAAAUUUUUUUGA